AUGCCUCCGAAACGCGUAAGGAGAACGGCUUCCACGACUCAGAAACCACCCUCCCCUCCACUCUCCGAAAAGAACGCCCCAGUGGCGGAUGAGGAUGCUGGAAUUGGGGCAUCAGAGGCCCAGGAGAGAGGCUUGAUGGGUAGCCUACGAAGCCCUCGCCACGAUGAAGACGUUGAGCCACCCGUGAUCCUUGACGAAGAUGAAGAGAUGUCGGAAGAAUCGGGAAAUACCGUCCAACAUGGAAGACCGGAAUAUGCUGUAGGGGCGGGAGGAUAUAACAUGCUCAAAUCCUACAAAGGACAGGUCUACUCGGGCAUGGCAGUGGGAGGAUCUCAUACUUGGAAUUAUGACCAAGGCGUGUGGAAGGAAACGAAGGAGGAACCAGAUCUAUGGCGGGUCGAUUAUCAGACCAAUAAGAGACGAGCGAGGAAGGCACCGGAGGGUAGCGGUGCUCCUGUCGGCACGGAGUAUCACUGGCUCAUUGUAGCACACCAGUUUGUCAAAAAGAUUGAUGCCAACACAUAUGAGACAAACCUUACUGGGUCCAAGUAUAAGUUGGCGUACAAGUCCGCCUCGUCUAACUCAUGGUCCGUUCCAACUGUCAAGAAACAACGUGACCGAGAAGUCGAGCUUCUAGAGGAUGCCAAGCAGCGUGUUCAAGGCCUGCCUCCAGUACUGGCAUCAGAGAAAGUAAAGGUAGAGAAACACGAGAAAGGACAGCAGAAGUUGGAUAGUAUGUUCACCAAAGCCACAAGUGGCGUUAGCAAGAAAAGGAAGCUAGGUGAGGAUAGUGGAGGAUGA